AUGGGUUUAUGGUGGCGUGAUGUGACGGUGAACGUUUGCUCCUUUUCUAACCAUCAUGUAGAGGUGGAUGUUUGUGAUGGGAAUAAUAUCGCUCAAUGGAAAGCGGUGGGGGUGUAUGGUUGGCCUGAAGCAACGAAUAAACAUUUGACAUGGGAUCUUAUGAGAUCCAUUAGACAUGGAAGCGCUUUACCGAUGCUUUUGUUUGGUGAUUUCAAUGAGAUUAUGGGGAUGCACGAGAAGGAGGGUGGAGCUAUUCGCGGAGAGCGACAGAUUGAUGCUUUUAGGGCGGCUUUUGAGGAGUGUGGGUGUCGUGAUUUGGGUUACAGAGGCAACAUUUUUACAUGGCAGCGAAAGUCCGUUGAUACUGUUAUUAGGGAGCGGCUGGAUCGGUGCAUGGCAGAUAUUAAUUGGUGCAACUUAUUUCCAUAUGCGGAGGUGAUUCAUUUUCCUAUUUGUCAUUCGGACCAUGGGGCUAUAUUACUGAAGUUUGGAGACAAACCGGAACGAAGGCAGCAGGGGAAAUUAUUUCGAUUUGAGGCUCUUUGGUUGUCGAGUGAGGAUUGCAGCAAAGUUGUUGGGGAUGCGUGGUUAGCUGGAGUCGGGGACUCAAUCCAUUCUCGCAUUGAGCAGGUUGCAAACUCUCUCUCCUCGUGGGCCUCGAAAACUUUUGGUGAUGUGCGUAAAAGAAUCAAGGAAACUGAACGAAAGCUAAAAGCAACGCAAGGGGGUCAGCUGGACGCCCAUUUGAUGCAGCGGUGCAAUGAGUUAAGUGAUGAACUAUGCGAUUUGCAUAAACUAGAGGAGAGCUACUGGCACGCGAGAGCGCGUGCUAAUGAACUUCGGGAUGGUGAUAAAAACACGAGCUACUUCCAUCAUAAAGCAACUCAACGCAGGAAGAGGAAUUUGCUUAAGGGACUAUUUAAUGAGCAGGGUGAAUGGAAGGAGGACAAAGAAGAUAUGGACCUGAUUAUUGACCAAUAUUUCUCGAAAUUAUUUGCAUCAGAAAAUCCGAGUGGUUUCGAGGAAGCAAUAGAGGGUUUAGAAGAAAUGGUAACGAGGGAGAUGAAUGAAAAUCUUGACUUAGAGCCCACGGGGGAAGAAAUUCGAGACGCCUUAUUUCAGAUGCAUCCUAACAAGGCCCCGGGGCCUGAUGGAAUGCAUGCCCUAUUUUUCCAGAAGUUUUGGGGCACUAUUGGGAGUGAUGUGAUCCAGUUUGUGAAAGCUUGGUGGCGCGGAGAUGUGGACUUAAAAGAGAGUGCUUUUGUACCUAAAAGGCUUAUUACUGAUAAUGCGUUGGUGGCUUUUGAGAUCUUUCAUGCUAUGAAGAGAAGGGGGGAGGGGAAGGAUGCGGCUGAUAUAAUCAGAACGUAUGAAAGAGCAUCUGGGCAGAAAGUUAAUCUAAGUAAAACAGAAGUAGCUUUCAGCAAAUGUGUGAAUCUUGAGAGAAGAAAGGAAAUUGUGGAGACUCUGGGGGUUAGGGAAGUUGAUAAGCAUGAACAGUAUCUUGGCUUGCUAACCAUCAUUAGGCGAUCGAAGAAGGUGGUUUUUAUGUGUUUGAAGGAGAGGAUAUGGAAGAAGAUGCAAGGGUGGAAGGAAAAGCUGCUUUCGCGACCCGGGAAAGAAGUUCUGAUUAAGGCUGUAGCACAGGCUAUUCCCACUUACAUGAUGAGUAUUUUUAAAAUUCCUGAAGGGCUCAUUGAUGAAAUGCACUCAGUUCUAGCAAAGUUUUGGUGGGGGUCCACUGCAACCUCCCGGAAAAUCCACUGGCAUAAUUGGGAAUCUCUUUGCCUCCCAAAAGCUAUGGGUGGCAUGGGCUUUCGGGAUUUGAAGUGUUUCAAUCAAGCUUUAUUAGCAAAGCAGGGGUGGAGAUUAUGUCAGGAUACCUCUACUCUUCUUCAUGGGGUGUUGAAAGCUCGUUACUUUAAACAUGCGACGUUCCUUGGGGCUUUGAGGGGUUUUGACCCGAGUUAUAGUUGGAGGAGCAUUUGGGGAGCAAAAUCUUUGUUGCUGGAAGGCUUGAAAUGGCGGGUAGGUAAUGGUACUUCGAUAAAAGUGUGGGAGGAUGCUUGGAUACCGGGGGAGGGCGCCCAUUUCGUCCCGACUCCUCUUCCAAAUAGCAAUCUUGAGCUCUGA